ACGCGGGACAAGAGCAGAUGACCGCAGCCAAGUCGUCAAAUAAUUUUUCGGCGUUUCUCGAUUUUUACGGAAAAAUAAGGCGAAAUAAUUAUUUUGCAUUGAAAAUUAUUGUUAGAAAUUCGUCAGAGUGUAUUUAGUAUCUUGGACAGUAUUGAUUGUGAGAAAAUAGUUGAAAGUUUUGGAGGUUAUUCAGAGGAGCUUGGAGUCUCACCUGAUAAAAAAUGGCGCAAAGAUUUCCUGGACCAAACGCCGGGAACAAUGGGCCACCUCCACAGAGGUACCCACCACCCUCUGUACCACCGAAUCUUCGACAAUAUCCAGGGCCAAAUUUCCCGAUGCAGUCUAGAUCAAGCUUCACUCCCCCACCCCAGAUGGGUAGCGGUGGUCCAGGGCCAGGAGGCAUCAUGAGACCCAACCAGCCUUACUCCAACAUGCGCCAAGGCCCCAUGCCUGCUCCUCCGGGUAAAAGGAGUGGUGAUCAACGAAUUCCCAUGUCCCAGCAGAAACCGUAUUUUUGGAACAGUGAUUUAUCACAUUCCACAUCGAAGAAGAAGAAGAAAUUGGCGGACAAAAUAUUGCCCCAAAAAGUACGUGACUUGGUGCCUGAAUCCCAGGCUUACAUGGAUCUACUGGCAUUUGAACGUAAAUUGGAUGCUACGAUAAUGCGAAAACGUCUUGACAUUCAAGAAGCCUUGAAGCGUCCAAUGAAACAGAAAAGAAAAUUGAGGAUAUUCAUCUCAAAUACGUUUUACCCCGCCAAGGAGGCUGGUGAGGGGGAAGAGGGCUCUGUGGCGUCCUGGGAACUACGAGUCGAAGGGCGACUGUUGGACGACACGAAAAAUGAUCCCAAUAAGGUGAAACGGAAGUUUUCCUCGUUCUUCAAAAGUUUAGUGAUUGAACUGGAUAAGGAUCUGUACGGUCCAGAUAAUCAUUUGGUCGAAUGGCAUCGUACCUUGACAACCCAAGAGACUGAUGGCUUCCAAGUAAAACGUCCGGGGGACAAGAAUGUUCGCUGCACUAUUCUCCUCCUCCUCGAUUACCAACCCCUUCAGUUUAAAUUGGAUCCAAGACUCGCUCGUCUGUUGGGUGUUCACACUCAGACCCGCCCAGUCAUCAUAUCCGCCUUGUGGCAGUACAUCAAAACACACAAGCUCCAGGACAGUCAUGAGAGAGAGUUCAUCAACUGCGAUAAGUAUUUGGAACAAAUUUUCGCUUGUCCACGAAUGAAAUUCGCUGAGAUUCCCCAGAGGUUGAACCCUCUCCUACAUCCACCAGACCCAAUUGUCAUCAACCACGUUAUCAGUGUCGAAGGGACCGAAACUAAACAGACAGCCUGUUAUGAUAUCGAUGUAGAGGUGGACGACACCUUAAAAACCCAGAUGAAUAAUUUCCUCCUGUCGACAGCAAGUCAACAGGAGAUCCAGAGUCUAGACAAUAAAAUUCACGAAACAGUUGAGACCAUAAAUCAGCUUAAGACAAAUCGCGAAUUUUUCCUGAGCUUCGCAAAGGAUCCCCAGCAAUUUAUCAACAAGUGGAUAAUCUCUCAGACACGAGAUUUGAAAACAAUGACAGAUGUCGUUGGUAAUCCGGAGGAAGAAAGGAGAGCUGAAUUUUACUAUCAACCCUGGGCUCAAGAAGCAGUUUGUCGAUACUUUUACACGAAAGUACAACAGAAAAGAGCGGAAUUGGAACAAGCGCUUGGAAUACGAAAUUCAUAAGCAACUAAUAUUCACCUGCAAUUCCCUUUUAAUUAAAUAUUAUAAUCGUAAAACUGUGAACUUUACUUUGCGGCUAAAGUCAUGCAAUUUCUCUGAAAACUUCAACAAUUGUCCAGCCGAUAAAAGGGGGAAUUCAGAAUUUCUUACAAUUUCCCUUCUUUUAUUUGAUCAAUUGUAUUUACAUUUUACGUCGCGAUGUAGUCGACAAAAUUCUCAUGCCUGUAUACAUAAUGAUAACUUCUUUUUCGCAUUUCGGAAAUGGUAAUAAUGUUUCAAGUAAUCCUGCCCCUUCACCCCCGCCGUAAAUAUGUAAGAAUAAAUUUGAAUAAUAAACUAUGGUGAAACGA